AUGGCAAUACUGACGGUUUCUCCCGAAAAGCGGUGCUGGGUAACCUUGGUGACAAAGCCAUCGUAUCUACCAGGUGUUGUGGUUUUGGCCCAUACUCUCGAUCAGCACAAGUCCAGUUACCCUUUGUUGGUGCAGUACUCGGACUCGUUGGGGGAUAAGGCUCUCAGCGUCCUCCAAGAAGAAGCCAAGAGCUCUGGCCGAAUACAACUGCAGCGAGUUCCCCUCUUGCUGCCGAGGAAGGAUCAGGAGAACACUGGCAGUGUGGCUGAACGUUUCAAAGACACAUUUACCAAACUCCGAGCCUUCGAGAUCUACAAGCUAGGCUUUACAGAGGCCGUCUUUCUGGAUGCCGAUAUGGCCAUCUUCCAGAAUCCCGACGACAUCUUUGAAUGCAGCUUACCAGGUCGAGAAUGGAUCGGAGCUAAUCACGCCUGCGUGUGUAACCUGGAUAGCGAUCCAUGGGCUCCGUCUGAGUGGCACAAGGGAAAUUGUGCCUAUACACCCUUGAACCUCCCCGACGAGGUAGCUCCAGCGAUGACCUUCGAAAGCCGACCCACAUAUCAUCUCUUGAACAGCGGCAUGUUUCUCUUCUACCCCUCUGAACAGUUGUGGGACAGGAUGCUUCGUUUCUUCAACUCCAGCGAUGAGCUCAAGAACUAUCAAUUCCCGGAUCAGGACUUCCUUGCCGAUUUUUUUCGUGGAAAGUGGCAUCCACUAUCCUGGAAAUACAAUGCCCUCAAGACUAUGAGAUAUUGGCAUCCUCGAAUGUGGUCUGAUGAUACGCUGGUGAUACUCCAUUACAUUGUUGACAAGCCUUGGGAACGACAGCUCAGUCAGGAUGGUCUUGCCGGCCAUCUUGGCAGAGAUGGAGACACGCAUCAAUGGUGGUGGGACAUGUACCAUGAAUGGAGACAACAGCGACAAAGGAUCGACCCAAAUGGCAUAGGGGUCGUGACAAUGGAGGAGCUGGUCGAUACCGAGGAACCCUUCACCAAAAUGGUUCCACUGCCUCAGGAUGUUGGCAGACCGGAGGAUGUCCUCCCAUAUCCUUGA